CGUCUUCUUCGUUCUACACUUUGCAUGACUGUGCCUCCUGCUGCAGGGCCCUGCUGCUUACUCGAAUCUCAGUUUUGAAUUUUUGCAUGGAUGGAUCCUUCAAAUGCUCAACACCAGGCCAUGGCUACCCAUUCACUAGAAGAUAUAUUGGCGUACCCGAAGCCACAGCAAGAGAGGAAAUCGAGGCCUCAGCCAGAGCAGGCCCUCAAAUGUCCAAGAUGUGAUUCGACUAACACCAAGUUCUGUUACUACAACAACUACAGCCUCUCACAACCGAGGUACUUCUGCAAGGCAUGUAGGAGGUAUUGGACCAAAGGAGGAUCACUGAGAAACGUUCCAGUGGGCGGAGGUUGCAGAAGGAACAAGCGAUCUUCUUCCUCAAAGAAGACACAGGACCCGUCUCUCAUCACUACCAACUCCAACCCACUCCCUACUCUCCCAUCCUUUACCUGUGACUCCAGUGACCUCACUCUUGCCUUUGCUAGACUCCACAAACAACCCACUCGGCAGCUGGGUCUCGACGACCACGACGGCUCUCUUUUGGGAGGCCUCAAUUCGACCAACUGUGAUGUUCCCGGAAACCCUUUCUCCACCACCACCGCCACAACUCCCGGCGGUAUUCUUGAUGCACUCAGAAAUACUGGUUUUCUUGAUACCCCAACUGGUUUUAAUAACUUCUGCUAUGGCUUUGGUAACUGUAACAUGGGAGAGAUGGCAAGCGGUGGUGGUGGCAGCGAAGAGGUGGCGUUGCCUUAUGAGGACAUGAUCGGUGCAAUAGUACCAACAGCAACGACAACAAAACAAGAGUUUUGUAAAGGAAGAGAUGGCGAGAAUAGAAUGUUGUGGGGGUUUCCAUGGCAAUCUGGUGCAGAUGGAAGCAUGGGUGUUGUUGAUUCAGGGAGAGAAUAUUGGAAUGGACUUGGGUCUUCCUGGCACGGACUUGUUAACAGCCCUCUGUUGUAGAUCUUCAUUGGUGAAAGAAGAGAAUUAAAGUCUCUCUAUUCGGAAACAGGAGAUAGAAAGAUAGAGAACUGAUAUUCAAAUCAAAAUUAAUGUAAUCUUCAGAAUUGUGUGAAGUAAUCGAGUUCUAUUGUUUGAAUUUUGUUUUCUCAUUUCAUUAUUUCUUUUCUAGACCAAGUAAGGAAUAUGCAGAGGUUGGUGAACUGUCUGUUUCUAUUCUAAAAGAAAAGGCGAUAAGAGUGAUGCCUCAUGUGUCUGCACUCUUUGAAGCUGAUCGGUAAGAAUUCUGCAGGACAUUGGAUUUGA